AAUGCCUCGGUAACCCAUAAUAAACAGAUCUCUCAGUCGUUGUUGCUGUCGCUGGCCAUUCUCUGUUCCUAAUAAUCGUCUGUCUCUGAGGCAAUAUACGAAUCCGUAUCAUCCAAUUCAGGAUCGGUUUGAUUCGAUUUUUUCGGUGAUUAUUGCCUUGGAGGUCUGACAUUGUUAGGAAACAGGAGAUGGCGAACAUGAAUAAUCUUAAUGACGAGGAGAAUAAUGAACAUGGGUUACCUUCGAUUAUCGGCGUUGGCGAAGGAGGUGGUGGUGGUGAGGGUGCCGGUGGGGCAGCGGCAGCAGCGGAGGAGGUUGUCCUCAAGAAGGGACCAUGGACGGCGGCCGAGGAUGCGGUGCUUAUUGAUUAUGUGACGAAGCAUGGCGAAGGGAAUUGGAAUGCGGUGCAGAGGAAUACGGGGUUGGCUCGCUGUGGCAAGAGCUGUAGAUUGAGAUGGACGAACCAUUUGCGUCCAAAUCUGAAGAAAGGUGCCUUUUCUCCUGAGGAAGAGAAGCUCAUUCUGGAGCUUCAUGCUCAGUUCGGCAACAAAUGGGCUCGAAUGGCCACUCUUUUACCUGGGCGAACAGACAAUGAAAUCAAGAACUACUGGAAUACUAGGGUGAAGCGCCGGCAAAGACAAGGCUUGCCACUGUAUUCCAGUGAUUCUGAUCAGCCAACCACAUCUGCAGCACCGGCCACCUCAGGUACAAGACCGGUCACUGGAUCCACUGCUGCAAAAUUGGAUUAUUAUAGUCAGAACCGCUAUCCUCUGUCUUCAUUCCAUACAGGAUCUUCUUAUUCCACUCAUGCCCCUUUCUUGGACCCCAAUUCUCUUUCUUCUUCUUCCUCCUCCUUCCUUACCUUCCCUUCUCAACAGCCUACGUCUGCAUUACACAUCACUCCACUUCAUUCAAAGCGUUGCCGUACCACUUUUUCCCUCCCAGAUGCACCUUUGACCACCCCAUUGGUGGAUUUUGAUGGACUCAACUUUCCAGCCCAAUUUAAUUCAAGUUCGUGUCAAAUCUUCCAGACUCCAUUGGAGUUAUCAUCUUCAGUUCCUGGGGUUCUAAGUCCAUCUUCCAUUUUGUCUACCAAAAUGGAGCUCCCUUCAAACCAAUUUUCCCCAUCCAAUAAUGACCUGCUGGGGGAUCUUCUUCUGGAAGCUCAAGUGUUGGUUUCUGGCCAGAAUUCGAAGAAACGAACCUAUUCAAGUUUCAGUGAAGGAAAUGGUCUCUUAGAUGGACAUAUUGGCUUGGACGAUAUGCCUCAUAGCUCUGUUUACUGGCCUUCAGGACUGAAACCAAGGUCAGAGCCAUCAGACAUGAAUGAGCUUUCCACACUGAUCUCUGGAAUGCCUUCAACCAUUCAGGCUUCUGAAUGGCACAAUGACAUUGCUGCACAAACCUCCAAUGUUCAAUCUUCUGGUGAUAUUGUGGGUGAUGAUAAUUUUGAGCUUGAUUUCAAGCCUAUUGCUUCGUUGAUUCCUGUCAACAACACCACAACAAACCCUAAUGAAAACCCUGGCUUCUUCUCAUGGGACACCUUACCUGGACUCUGCUGAUGGUUCACAGAGAAAUGAAUCUUUCUUUAGUUGUACCAUGAAAAAAUCUUGAAAGCUAUGAAUCCUAAUGAGCUUUCAUGCUUUCAUGUUUGAUCAAUUCUAUUGGGGUUAUAAAAUUCCACACCUUGCGCUUGUUUUA